AUGGCUAUCCAAUCAAAUGCAUUAUCGAGACUAUCUCAUUCUUUAAGACUCUCAAACCAAGAACUCAUAGCAAUAUCAAUAUACCCAAUAACAAUCCUCUUGGGACAAAUCAUUUAUCAUUCCUCUCCAGAGAUUGUUAACAACUAUUAUACAAAUAAACACAACUUGUUGAAUGUACUAUUUGUGAAAAAAGGUUGGUUUUGGACAUGUCUUGUUGAUGUAUAUUUUGUCUUGCAACAUGGGAAAUCUAUACAACGAGCAUUUAUCAGAUUAUCCAUAAUAACAGUUUGGUGGUGGUGUUUUACACAAUCAUUUUUCGGAUUACCUUUAAUGGAUAGAGUGUUUAUAUGGACUGGUGGUGUUUGUGAUUAUGAUAUUGGGCUACACGGUGCAUUGGAUGGGAUUGGAAGUGUUGUUUGUAGGAAAGUUAAAGGUCAUUGGAAAGGUGGUCAUGAUCCAAGUGGCCAUGUUUUUUUAUUAGUUGUUGGUUCUUUAGUGUUAUGGUUCGAAAUAUUGAAUACAAAUAUAUUGCAAGAAUUACAAAGUUUCAUUACAGGUUUUAGAAAUCAAUUAACAAUUCAAAAUAGAUUAAAAUAUGUUUUAAAUCAUUCAAUUGUGUUUACAUUAGCAUUAUUAUGGUUAUGGUGGUGGAUGUUGUUAACUACAAGUAUUCAUUUCCAUUCAUUUAUUGAGCAAAUGAGUGGGUUGAUUGCAGGGUGUCUAGGUGUAUUGGUGUAUACUAUUCCAAGAAUGGUUUCAUAA